CCAGACAAAGACGGUGAGCAGCAGCUCCUCACUCACACACGCGCCUUCACCCGCAGCAGCGACGCAGCAGUCUCGGUGCUGGUCACCACCUCCUCACCUCCUCACAGCCAUCACCACCACCACCGCCGCCGCCGCCAUCAUGGAGCUGGACUUCGGACACUUUGACGAGCGGGACAAGUCCCGCGUCCCCCGCGCCGGACGCAUGAACGGCCUGCCCAGCCCAACGCACAGCGCCCACUGCAGCUUCUACCGCACACGCACGCUGCAGGCGCUCACCAAUGAGAAGAAGGCUAAGAAGGUCCGCUUCUACCGCAACGGCGACCGUUACUUCAAGGGCAUCGUGUACGCUGUGGCCAACGACCGCUUUCGCACCUUUGACGCGCUGCUGGCCGACCUGACCCGCUCGCUGGCUGACCACAUCAACCUCCCCCAGGGCGUGCGCUUCAUCUUCUCUGUCGAUGGCUCACGCAAGAUCUCAUCCAUGGAGGAGCUGGAGGAAGGAGAGAGCUACGUGUGUGCGUCAGAGAACUUCUACAAGAAGAUGGACUACACCAAGAAUGUCAACCCUAACUGGUCGGUCAAUGUGAAGGCGUCGGCUAACCAGAAGAACCUGCAGUCCUUUGCGGCUCGGGCGGCGCUGGAGGCCAAGGAGACGAAGGACUUCAUCCGACCCAAGCUAGUGACGGUGAUGCGCAGCGGCGUGAAGCCACGGAAGGCUGUGCGGGUUCUGCUCAACAAGAAGACGGCGCACUCCUUCGAGCAGGUUCUGACCGACAUCACCGAGGCCAUCAAGCUGGAGAGCGGCGUGGUCAAGCGUAUCUACACACUGGACGGGAAGCAGGUGACCUGUCUGCAGGACUUCUUCGGUGAGGACGACGUCUUUAUCGCAUGUGGGCCGGAGAAGUUCCGCUACGCUCAGGACGACUUCUCUCUGGACGAGAACGAGUGUCGGGUGAUGAAGGGGAACAAGACUCCCCGCGGAAGCAUCAAGACCCCGGGUCACAUCCGACGCUGCCAGUCUCCAGCUGAAUCCACCAAUGGGACCGGCUCCAGCAGCCAGCUGUCUACCCCAGUGUCCAAACAUUCCCCCACCUCCACCCCGACCAGCCCCGGUCCAAAUGCCAAGCAGAAGGACUUGUACCUGCCACUCUCUCUGGACGACGAGGACUCUCAGGGCGAGUCCAUGUGAAGGCACCACCCAUCGACUUCACUACCUUUCUAACGAAUCCACUUUCUGUCAAAAAAAUUAUCUGCUGCUGAAGAAAAAAAAAACCUUUUUUUAAACAAUAAACAAACGGCUUCACGACACUCGCACUGGCUCUCCAAACACCGUCGUGACAACACAAACACUUUUGUCAAGUUUUCAAUGGAUCGCAACAUUCUGGGCAGCAAACCAAAAUUUGAACUUUUUUUAACUGUAAUUUUCUUCUUACUAAAAGUUGUCGCAGGCCGUCCACAUAAACACGUAGGAUAUUUUUAACUUGUAAAUAUUCUGUAUGUCAGGACGUAUCCAAAGUUCGUAAUAUGAAACAAGAAAGCCAAAAAACAAGGCGUCGGAAAGUCCGCAGUAAAAGCUCGCAGCAAGUGAAAUCAAUCUAAAUCGACAUCAAUUUCCGUCGCACUCUUUUCUUGCUUCUUCCAUUUGCUCCAUCAACACUUCGUCAACUCCUGCUGUGUGUUCUAGGUACUGCAUGUUUGUCGGACAGUGAUGCGUCACUGCGCUAACCACUCUGUGGCUAAUAAAUCGACGUCUUUACAUUGUUUUUAUACUCUAAAGCAAUUACGAGGAAACAAGUGCUCUCUAGGUUCAUUAGCGUGUUUGUACGAACCGUUUCAUUCAUUCUUUCAUGUGGAUUUUUGUUGCCUGUAGGGGGCAGCAGGUCAGAUGAUCAGUCGCUCCGUGACCACUAAUUUGCGAAAUUGCAGGAAACUGAUCAGAUCGGACAAGUUUGCGAUGUUUCGCCACGCUACGUCGGUGAAACCUCGAUGGUCUGAUCAGAAGUUUAUAUAGUUUAUCUUGAUAUUCAGAGUUCACGUCUUGUUCACUGCUUCAGAGAAGGGUGGUAGUAUUUUGGGUUUUAAUUGUGGGUUGCUGGUUCAAUUCCCGGCUCUAAUUGUGAGAGGAAGUUCUGUACACGCGAGCGUCUCGCCACACCGGGUGUCGGGUGUCAAAUUGUUGUCCCGACGCGGUGUUGAGGGGAGCGUCUGCCUAGUGGUGUCGCCGGUUCGACCCCAGCUGUCCCUGCAGUGGGUUCAGUCACAUGCUCCGAUUCAUGGCGUCCUUGAGCAAGGCACUGUUGAAGUCAUGCUGAGAUGGCGACAGCCUCACUUUUGAAGUGCCACUGGUUCAAUUCUUGGCUUCUCUGAAGGUCACCUGAACCUUCACAAGGGGUCACACAAAAACCUUCUCUCAGAGAGGCUGCCUUGCCAGAGUGUAAAGCACCAAUGGCAACUAUUGCGCAACUAACUUAAGUUCCCAGUCUCCUUCAGCAGUUUUCCUCUCGGAUGCGGCGCCUCAAUUCACCUGCAGGGGCGCUGUUGCACCAGCCUAGACUCUACCACCAGCAGGGGUCGUCGUGGUCGUUAGUGAGUCAGCACAGCAGCCGGUGCCUUCUUUGUCUAACAAUAUAAACCAACACUCCAUGAUCGACCUUUUUUCAGACUGAACCAACUGUUUUUACUGCCUGUCGUGUCACCUGCUUUUCUUUUGCAAUUAAACCUCCUGAU